AUGAUUGGCCUGGGAGAAGAUGCCUUCGCAGAGCCUCAGCUGACCACAUGGAAGUUGACAACGGUAGAGUUCCUUCACAGCAUUGUCAUCAAGUUGAUGAAAAGUUGCAUUCAGGAUUCUCUCCCUUUUUCUGUCAACUUUAAGGAACCAUAUAAGGAUAAAAAAAGCUUGAUUACUGCAAAGAUGUGGCGAAUAUGCUGGCCCUGCACUGUCUUUGUUGCAAUCAUCACUGUUGGUGAUCUGAAUGUAGAGAGCAAAAGCACCCCAUGGCCAAAGUUUACCAAGAUAAAAGCUCUUGACAAAGUAGCCACUGACAGCCUUGAUACUUCUGAUGCACCACCCACUGAAGAUAGCCUCUUCACUGAAACAUCUGAAAAUCGUGAUGCCGCAAUGAAAUUGUCCACUCUGAACUAUGCCUUCAGAACAGCUACCACUCUCUUUCCUUUUGAAAACUAUACUCUGGACUCAUCUGACUUCUUCUUUAACUGCUGCGAUUGCUGUCCUGCUGCCCCAGGGGAGAAAGGGGAUCCUGGAGAACCAGGAUUGCCAGGUCUUAAAGGAGAGAUGGGAGAAAAAGGCCUUCCAGGUCUACCUGGGAUUCCUGGACCACAAGGCCCAAAGGGCAUCAGAGGUGAGAAAGGAGAUAAAGGAGAACAUGGUGACCCUGGAGCAAAUGGACUCCCAGGAUAUCCAGGCAAGCCAGGAGAACAAGGUGAACUUGGAUUUAAAGGAGACAAAGGAAACUACGGCCUGCCUGGAGCCAAGGGGCAAAAGGGUUCCAAGGGGGACACCUGUGAAAAUGGCACCAAAGGCGAGAAGGGGGACAAAGGUGAACUGGGAUUACCAGGCAUUGAUGGGGAAAAUGGAGAGAAAGGAGAAAAGGGGGAUCUUGGUGAAAAGGGCUACUGUGGGGAUCCAGGUGAUAAAGGGGAGAGGGGAGAAAAGGGAGAGAUUGGUCCCAAAGGAGAAAAAGGCAUCAAAGGAGACAUGGGAGUGGAAGGCCACCAUGGGGAUGAUGGGCCAAAGGGAGAAAAGGGUAACCCUGGUUUUAAAGGAGACAAAGGUGACCCUGGGCCCAUUGGAAUGAUGGGGCCUCCUGGGAUGAAAGGCAUUCCUGGCUUCAAAGGAAUUAGGGGAGCUCCUGGGAAGAAAGGUUCAAGAGGUCCCAAGGGCUCAAAGGGUGAGACAUCAAGUGUUCCUCGAUCAGCUUUUAGCGUUGGUCUGUCCAAGCCAUUCCCACCCCCUAACAUGCCGAUUAGGUUUGACAAGAUUCUCUACAAUGAUCAGGAACAUUAUAAUCCUUUGACAGGGAAAUUUAACUGCAGCAUUGCUGGGGCAUACGUCUUCUCCUACCAUAUGACAAUACGAGGGCGGCCUGCCCGCAUCAGCAUCGUCUGUCAGAACAAGAAGAUGGUUAGGAGUAGGGAGACCCUUUAUGGCCAAGAGAUAGACCAAGCCUCCUUCCUUACGAUUUUGAAAUUAAACGUGGGAGAUCAAGUUUGGCUGGAGGUGACUCGAGACUGGAAUGGGGUUUAUGUUAGUGCGGAAGAUGAUAGCAUAUUUUCGGGCUUCCUCCUAUAUCCAAAUGAAGUAUUUGACACUUUGCUAUAA